AUAGCUGCAAUGUUUGUGUCCUUCCUGGUGGGUUUAUAUUAUAAUACUAUUAUUGCUUUGGUAAUGUGGUAUUUCUUCAACUCCUUCCAAGAGCCCCUGCCUUGGAGUAGGUGUCCUCUCAAUGACAACAGAACAGAUUACAUAGAAGAGUGCGCCAAGAGCUCUCCUGUAGAUUAUUUCUGGUACAGAGAAACUUUAAACAUCUCCACUUCCAUUGACGAUUCAGGCACUAUACAGUGGUGGCUUUUUUUAUGUUUAACAUGUGCAUGGGGUGUACUGUACGUGUGCGUAAUCAGAGGAAUCGAAACAACAGGAAAGGCUGUGUACGUAACAUCAACUCUUCCGUACAUUGUGCUUACCAUUUUUCUAAUCCGUGGCUUGACGCUGAAAGGAUCAACCAAUGGAAUUGUGUAUCUCUUCACCCCUAAUGUUACCGAGCUGGCUAACCCAGUGACGUGGCUGGACGCGGGUGCUCAGGUGUUUUACUCUUUCUCCCUGGCCUUUGGAGGCCUCAUUUCAUUCUCCAGUUACAACUCUAUUCACAAUAACUGUGAGAGAGAUGCUCUGAUUAUUUCAGUGGUCAAUGGUUUCACAUCUGUCUAUGCAGCAACCGUCACAUAUUCCAUAAUUGGAUUCAGAGCCACAGAAAGAUAUGAUGACUGUUUUGACAGAAAUAUUCUUACUCUGACGAAUGCAUUUGAUUUGCCAGAAGGUAAUGUAACCCAAGAUAACUUUGAACAAUGGCAGCAGCUGUGUAACAUGACUGAUCCAACAAUUUUUGCGAGCCUGAAGUUUGAAUCCUGUAAUCUGGAAAGUUUCCUGAAUGAUGGAGUCGAAGGAACUGGUCUAGCCUUUAUUGUCUUCACUGAAGCUAUCACCAAAAUGCCUGUCUCACCUUUAUGGUCCAUCCUCUUCUUCAUCAUGCUCUUCUGCUUGGGUUUGUCAUCCAUGUUUGGAAAUACGGAAGGUGUGCUUGUACCUUUAGAAGAUCUUAAGCUUAUACCCCCCAAAGUACCAAAGGAACUUGUUACUGGUUUCAUUUGUGUGGUGUCUUACUUGAUUGCUUUUAUUUUUGUGCUGAGGUCUGGUAAUUACUGGCUGUCUCUAUUUGAUAGUUUUGCUGGCUCUAUUCCCCUUCUAAUAAUUGCGUUUUUUGAGAUGUUUUCAGUUGUCUACAUUUAUGGAAUAGACAGGUUUAACAAAGAUAUUGAAUUCAUGAUUGGACACAAGCCCAAUAUUUUCUGGCAGAUUACCUGGAGAGUUGUCAGUCCUCUCAUUAUGUUAGUUAUUUUCUUCUUUUAUUUUGUGGUGAAAGUCAAUGAAGAACUGUUCUACAGUGUUUGGGACCCUAGCUAUGAGGAGUUCCCCAAAACACAGAAGGUUGAAUAUCCCAAUUGGGUGUAUGCUAUUAUUGUAAUCCUCGCUGGAGUGCCUAGUUUGGUCAUCCCUGCCUUUGCCAUCUACAAAGCCAUCAGAAAUUGCUGUCAUAAAAAAAACGAUCAUAUGGGCCUUAUGAGCUCCACAUCUGAGACUUCUGUUAAUGGAAACUUAAAGUAUCCACUAUAAAACCAUUUUUAAAAAUGUGAAAGAAUGC